AUGGAUGCAUUCAGAGCACCUGAAAAUGAGUAAUUUUUGCCCAGUUCCUCUGGUCCUGCCAGAUGGGAUCCCUUCCGUCGUCCUUUGGACUCCAUCCAGCCCUGGCACUUCAGGCUUCUGGCAUCAGUAAUGUUGGUGGUGACCUCCCUGUCGCUUGCCGAGAACCUGGCUGUGAUCCUGGUAACUUUUAAGUUCAAGCAAUUGAGACAACCUGUCAAUUAUGUUAUAGUCAAUUUGUCUGUGGCUGAUUUCCUGGUCUCACUGACUGGUGGCAUCAUCAGCUUUUUAACGAAUCUAAAAGGUUAUUUUUAUAUGGGAUACUGGGCUUGUGUCCUGGAAGGAUUUGCUGUCACGUUUUUUGGCAUUGUUGCUCUCUGGUCUCUUGCUCUAUUGGCUUUUGAGCGGUACGUUGUGAUCUGCCGCCCACUGAGAAACAUGCACCUGAGUGGGAAGCAUGCAGCCGUGGGUAUUGCCUUUGUGUGGACCUUUUCCUUCAUUUGGACCAUUCCACCAGCAAUGGGUUGGAGCAGUUACACCACCAGCAAGAUUGGAACUACUUGUGAACCUAACUGGUACUCAGGAGCUUAUACGGACCGUACAUACAUUAUUGCAUUCUUCACCACCUGUUUUAUAGUGCCUUUAUCUGUGAUUUUGGUAUCCUAUGGAAAACUUAUGCAGAAGCUAAGAAAGGUGUCAGAUACACAAGGCAGGCUGGGAACUACCAGGAAACCUGAAAGACAAGUGACUAGAAUGGUGGUUGUUAUGAUCAUUGCCUUUCUAAUCUGCUGGAUGCCGUACGCCGCCUUUUCUAUCCUGGUCACUGCAUACCCCUCCAUUGAGCUGGAUCCUUGUCUGGCAGCACUUCCAGCUUUCUUUUCCAAAACAGCUACUGUUUAUAAUCCAGUUAUUUAUGUCUUUAUGAACAAACAGUUCAGGAAGUGUCUGAUUCAAAUGUUCAGCUGCAGUGCCAUAGAAACUGCAGAGUCCAACAUGAACCCAACUUCAGAGAGAGCAAUGCUAACCCAAGACAAAAGAGGCAGUGAGACGUCCACCAUGGCAGUACGUAGCACCAUUUCUAAGAGGAAAAAUGGAGAUGAACACAGCAAUUGCUGA